AUGCCGCAAGCGGCGACCCAGUCUGCGGUACCUGCCGCCAAUCAGCAGGCACAACCUACCCUUGCCGACCGUAUGAAGGAAUACGAAGCUUCUUUCGACUUCACUCUUCCACUCGCAGUGCCUACCAUCUUACGACUCGAUGGGCACACGUUCUCGCGGUUCACGGCGAAUUUUCACAAGCCGUUCGACCAGCGCAUACAUGAUGCGAUGAUAUCCACGUGCGUCGACCUUCUCAAAUACUUCAACCAGGCAACAGUAGCAUACACGCAGUCAGAUGAAAUAACACUCGUGUUCCCCUCAGGCGUACAGAGCUUCAAUGAGAGAGUGCAGAAGCUGAGUAGCCUCGCGGCGAGCUACUGCUCUGUGAGGUUCAAUGCGCACCUCGCUGCAUUGCUGGCUGCAAAUCCAGAACCGAAGGUCAAGGGCGCUGCUUACGAUGCGCUUGGUACUGCGCACUUUGACGCGCGAUUCUUCACGGUACCGUCGGUUGAGGAAGCGCUGAAUUGCUUGCUCUGGCGAUGCCGCGGAGACGCAAUGAGGAACUCGGUUAACGCAUUCGCGAGAUCGCUGUAUUCGGACAAAGAGUUGCACAAAAAGACGGUCAAAGAGGUAUUAGAUAUGCUGCGAGAAGAGAAGGGCAUCGAGUAUGAGGACGCGGUCCCGCGCUGGGCGGUUGAGGGGAGCCUGGUCAAGUGGGAGCAAUUUGAGCAUGAAGGCGUGAACCCAAAGACUGGUGAGAAGGCAGUUGCGAUACGGACGAGGACACGAGUGGAGGAUCGAGGGGUGAAAGAAUUCUCAGAUGGUAACCUGAGAAGCACUGAGCCACAGAAAUCCUACAGUUUGGCCAUAUUUAACCUGCCGCUCGACAAGAUGGGCUACACGCGGCUUGAUGAAAAUAUUCAGCAGCUGCCACAGGAGCGGGGGCUGCACCAGAUGAAGAGCUAUUCAGAUUCGCGUGCGAAUUUCGAGAGUAUACCACAGGGGUACGGAGACGACUUUCAGCAAUAUACGGGAUAUGACCCGAUGAACACCCAAUCCUACGCGCCACCCACGGGUCCUCCGCCUGGAAGCCCAAAGAAGGGCCAGCCCAGAGAAAUCCAGGAAUACCAUCGACAACUCCCUUCAGCGAAAGUAUGGGCAAUGAAUAGAUUGAGAUCGUUCAUUCUUGUAUUCGACAUUGUUUUCCACUCAUCGCCUUUGAUGUUCAUUGCACUCGCUUCGAUCGCCGCGCGGAUUGAUGGCAAAGAGGUGUCUCAAUAUGGAGAACAUCUCCAACAAGCGCUCCUCCUCUCGCCGACUAUAUUUCCUGUAAUAUUUGCUGCACUAAUGGGAAGGUGCUUCAAAUACCUAGGCCUAUUCCUUGCCGAACGCGGCACGACCCUCGGCCGCCUUGAGCAGCUUGUCGGUUCAACAUCGCUCUUUUCUGCGCUUGAGCGUCAGAUAUCGUUACGUGGCUUUUCAGUGGUCGGCUACAUCCUAAUGAUACUUUGGCUCCUCUCCCCGCUUGGAGGCCAAUCUGCGCUGCGCUUGAUGGGAGAAGAAACCAAUAGCGCCCUCUCGAACGGCACCGUUCAGUAUUUAAACCCGGAUACCAUCAUGGACACUGCCAUGGGCGCGGCAAGCGCUAUCAACAGUGCCAGAAGCGUAUUUGCACCAAUAUUUCUUGCUUCGUUGCUUUCCAGCUCGAAGUAUCAAGAUACUUCGAUGGACCUUUGGGGUAACGUUAAGCUGCCACGCUUCUCAACCAUCGAGAAUAGUACUUCCGAUGAGUGGAAGACCGUUCAAGAAAGUAACAACACGAACAUCACAUAUGCAUCGCUCAUCGGCAUCCCUGUCGCUCAGCUGGACAAAAUCGGAGCGAGCAACUUCUCGGUCAAAGCACGACAAUGGGAUGUAGCCUGCGACAAGAACGAAAUGCAAGGAGGAAAACAGGCGGAUUUUGGCGGCAUGGACGUCUCGACUUGGAAGGUCGCUUACACUCCCGUCAACAGCACAUGUGAUAACUGGCCAUGCUCCAUCAGCUUCAAGUCCAUGGCCAACAACGACGCCGAAGACGAGGAUUACUACAACUACACGGUUGCGAGCUGCAAACUUUCAUACGACAUGUACGAAACAAAAGUAGGCUGCAAGGGCCGAUCUUGCACCCCGACCGCAAUGAGGAAGAUCGACCUGCACACCGGUGUGAACUACACCAAGGGUUCCGACUCCUUUUUCCGCAACACGCCUUCCCAAAACAUCAUGUUGAAUCUCCCUCGAGUCGACAACCUCGGCGUAGGCUCCGUGGCCUUCCGCGGCAGCACGAACGCCGAGAAGUGGAUGGCUGAUCCCACAAACUUCGUCGGCCUAAAGACAUACGUCCAGCUCUACGAACUCAGCCCAGACGUGCUUUCCAACCGCCUCACUAUCCUCUGGAACUCCUUCUUCCAGUCCACGUACGCAAUGAAUACGCUAGGCGGUAACCUCGACCAAACUUUCGACAACAUCACUCAGUCCGCAGACUCCCAGCUCUUCAACGGCACCGCAUCCGCGGUCUCGACGCCCAUGCCUAGCGUCUGGCAUACGAACUGGAAGUGGUUCACCGCCCUUCUCGUGUCGUCGAUUAUCCUCCAGAUCGCAGCGUACAUGGCGCUGUUCUUCAAGUACUACACGUGUGUGCCGGACAUUAUCGGGUAUGCGAGCAGUAUGACGCUUUUGAACCCGUAUGUGCCCACGCCGACUGGGGGUACGACGUUGCACGGAUUGGAGAGAGCACAUAUGCUGCAGCAUAUGCGGGUCAUGAUAGGAGACGUGUGUGCCAAUGAACCUGUAGGUGCGGUGGCCUUUGCAAAGGCGGAUGAAGGCAGGGUUGCACGACUAAAUAGGAAGAGGUUUUACGUGUAG